UUACGGGCGGGAUGGCGGUGGCCGUGCGUGCGCUGCAAGAGCAGCUGGAGAAGGCCAAGGAGAGCCUCAAGCACGUGGACGAGAACAUCCGCAAGCUCACGGGACGGGACCCCAAUGAUGUGAGGCCCCCUCAAAACAGACUGUUAUCCAUCACAGGCCCUGGUGGAGGUAGAGGACGUGGGAGCUUAUUACUAAGGCGUGGAUUCUCGGAUAGUGGAGGAGGACCCCCAGCCAAGCAGAGAGAUCUUGAAGGGGCAACCAGUAGGCUGGGUGGAGAACGUCGGACAAGAAGAGAAUCACGCCAAGAAAGCGACGCAGAGGAUGAUGAUAUUAAAAAGCCAGCAUUGCCAUCUUCUGUUGUUGCUACCUCCAAAGAACGAACACGUCGAGACCUUAUACAAGAUCAAAAUAUGGAUGAGAAAGGAAAGCAAAGGAAUCGACGUAUAUUUGGCUUGUUGAUGGGCACUCUUCAAAAAUUUAAACAGGAGUCCACAGUUGCCACCGAGAGGCAAAAGAGACGACAAGAAAUUGAACAAAAGCUUGAAGUGCAGGCAGAGGAGGAAAGAAAGCAAGUUGAAAACGAAAGGCGAGAACUGUUUGAAGAAAGACGUGCUAAACAGACAGAGCUGCGGUUGCUGGAGCAGAAGGUUGAGCUUGCUCAGUUGCAAGAAGAAUGGAAUGAACACAACGCUAAAAUAAUUAAAUACAUAAGAACUAAGACAAAACCCCACUUAUUCUACAUACCUGGCAGAAUGUGUCCUGCUACACAGAAGCUGAUGGAAGACUCGCAGAGAAAGAUGAAUGCACUCUUCGAAAGCAGGCGAAAUGAAUUUGCAGAGCAGAUUAACAAAAUGGAGGCCAGGCCCAGAAGACAAUCUGUGAAGGAAAAAGAACAUCAGGAGGUGCAGAAUGAAGAAAAGAAGGAAGAACAGAACAAGGAGCAGGAAGAGGGUAAGGUGGCUCAGCAGGUGGAAGAGUUGGAGACAGGUAAUCAGCACAAUGAUGUAGAAAUGGAGGAGUUAGGGGAGGAAAAGGGAAAAUCAGGUUCAGGGCAUAGCGAUGCAGAGAAAGAACAGGAAGAGGAUGAACAGAAGCAUGAAAUUGAGAUUAAAGUAGAAGAGACUGCUGAGGUGCGGGAGAAUGACAUGCAACAGGAUGGUCAGCAGGAAGAAGUCAUAGUUCUAAAGGAGGAAAGUGAAAACACUCAGCCAAUGGAUAAUGAGCAGGAUAUGGCUGAAAUGAAUGAGGCAGAUAGUGUAGAACCGGUAGAAAAUGAAAAUGGCAAAGUGGAAGCAGAAACAGAGUGUGAUGCUCAGCCAGAAAAAGUGUGUAAUGCUCCUUCUCCUGAGAAGGAGAAAGGUAUCAAACAAGAAAUUGAAGCUGAACCCGAAGAGAAACAGGAGAUAGCACCUGAAGCUCAGACAGAACCUGUGGCUGAGGGUCUAUCUCAGCCACAGUCUGUGCCAUUGCCACAGUCACCUCAGUUGUCUCAGGAUACAGAGCCCCAGGCAGACAAGGAGGAAAAUGCUGUGGUGUCUGUAAAGGUGGUUGAGGCACAGACAGAGCAGAGUCAGACACUGAGUGUAGAAAUUAAGAAUAAAACUAGGAGUAGAAGCAGGGUUAGGGCAGGGAACAAAGCUGGUAAAAGUCAUAGCCGUAGUAGCAGCAGCAGUAGCAGCAGUAGUACUUCAAGCAGUACUACUAGUGGAAGUAGUUCCAGCACUGGCAGCAGCACUACGCGGAGUAGUUCCACCAGCAGCAGCACUACAAGUGGCAGUACUAGCAGGGACAGUAGCAGCAGUAGCUCUAGCAGUAGCGAAAGUAGAAGUCGAAGCCGAGGAAGAGGGCAUAACCGAGACAGAAAGCGCAGAAGGAGCACGGACAGGAAGCGAAGGGAUGCUUCAGGAGUAGAUAGAAGUCACAAGUCCUCAAAAGGUGGCAGUAGAGAUACCAAAAGCUCAAAGGAUAAAAGUUCAAGAUCUGACAGAAAGAGGUCUAUAUCAGAAAAUAGUCGGUCAGGCAAGAGAACUUCACGGAGUGAAAGAGACCGUAAAUCAGACAGGAAAGACAAAAGGCGUUAACAGAAGAGACCAAGCUUCCUUAGCCUAAUCUUUGCAGCGGAAGAUUAUUUGAGUGAAAGGAUUCCUUGUAAGGAGGAAGAGAAGGCUGCCUUAAGAAUUGCAUGCUGUAAAAAAUCUUUUGGAAAAAUGCAGACUGUUUACCAGGCAUUCUUGUACUUUUUACAUAAUUUUGUAAAAGGUUGCUUACCAAAAUUAUGUGAAGUUCCUGAAAAUGUAAAAAUAAAAGAUUAA